CACACCGCCAUCCUGCCACAAGAGUGUGCUUGUGAGAUGUCUGUGUGGAGAAUGUCGCUUCAUGUUGUUCUCUCUCUCCCUGCAAACCAGAAUCAGCCGGUACGGCCAUGAAAGCGGAGCAAUAACAAGAGAGGAGCCGGUGAUGAGGCAGGACGAGGAUAACCCGAGGCUGCCUGCUCUGCUCUCCCGCCCCCUGCACGCCAUGGACCGGAGACGGGCGGCCGGGGAUGCAGCGGGUAUGGAGGCUGCAUGUUGUUUAUGGCGGAGGGUCUGACAGUCCCGGAGCACAGAGAGCGGUCUGCCCCGCAACUGCUGCAGCCGGAGGACGGUCCUGGAGCAGGCCAGGAUGUGCAGUGAAGGAGUAGACAUGGAGAAGGAUCUGGAUGGAAAGCUGAAAGGCAGACCAGACACAAAGAAGGUGGACCCCAACAUCGAUGGGGGCUGGGCGUGGAUGGUGGUUCUGUCCUCAUUCCUCGUCCACGUGCUGGUUAUGGGAUCCCAGAUGGCUCUCGGUGUGCUAAACAUGGAAUGGCUUGAAGAGUUCAAUCAAAGCAGAGGUCUGACAGCCUGGGUCAGUUCCCUAACGAUGGGUAUCACGCUGAUAGUAGGUCCCUUUAUCGGCUUGUUCAUUAACACGUGUGGAUGUCGUAAGACUGCAAUUAUUGGAGGGUUCCUGACGUCCCUUGGAUGGGUGCUAAGCGCCUUUGCCACCAAUGUGCAUUUUCUCUUCUUAACAUUUGGAGUAACAGCUGGAAUCGGAAGUGGCAUGGUAUAUCUGCCUGCGGUGGUAAUGGUGGGCCAGUAUUUCCAGAAACGCCGCGCCCUAGCACAAGGACUGAGUACCACAGGUACUGGCUUUGGGACAUUCCUGAUCACUGUGCUACUGAAGUACUUGUGUGCAGAGUUUGGCUGGAGAAACGCCAUGAUCAUUCAGGGAGCAGUCACUCUCAACCUGUGCGUUUGUGGAGCCCUUAUGAGGCCUCUGGACUGCAGGGAGAAGUACAGUGUGGAGAAGGCAGGUGGUCACAGCGAUAACAGGGAAGUCUCGCUGCUGGAUGCUGAGAGGGCUAAUAAUCCAUUACAUGAUGAAGAAGGAAGAGACUUUAAAACUGACAAGAAGGAGAAAUGGAACAAGGAAGAUACAAGUAAUGAGAUUGUUCUGAAGAACACCAACAAACUCAGUAUACUGAAGUCCUUGACUCGAAUGACUGUGACUGUGAGGUCCGGCUUCUGGGCCUGGUAUUCUAGCUACUUCGGGGCAGCCUCUCUCUUCACCAACAAGGUCUUUGUGGCUUUUGUCAUGUGGGCACUGCUGGCCUACUGCAGUUUUGUUAUCCCGUUCAUUCACCUCCCAGAGAUUGUGGAGCUGUACGGAAUGGCAGAGCAGAACAACGUCUUUCCUCUCACCUCCAUAAUUGCCAUUGUGCAUAUUUUUGGGAAGAUUGUCCUGGGUUUUCUUGGAGACUUGUCGUGUGUCAGUGCUUGGAAUGUCUUCAUUGCCUCCAAUUUUACCCUAGGAGUCUGCAUCCUUAUCCUCCCUCUUAUGCAUAUAUACGCUGGGCUGGCUGUGGUCUGUGCACUUAUAGGGUUCUCAAGUGGUUACUUCUCUCUCAUGCCUGUGGUAACUGAAGAUUUAGUGGGCAUCAAGCAGCUGGCAAAUGCCUAUGGAAUCAUUAUCUGUGCCAAUGGGAUAUCAGCACUUUUGGGGCCUCCAUUCGCAGGCUGGAUCUAUGACAUCACUCAGAAAUACGACUACUCUUUCUAUGUGUGCGGCUUGUUGUACAUGGUGGGAAUAAUCUGUCUACUUCUGGAGCCCUGCCUGCAACCAAAGGAGAACCAUCAUGAAAAAUCUUCUGACAACCAAGAAGCCUGACAAUACAAUCUAGAUAUCUGACGCCACUGUGAUAAUGAUAUAUACUUAAACAAACAGUAUAGAAAAUGAGAUGGAAGAAAACGUGGAUCUCUAACAAAGUUCUGCCAAGUCCACUGGUCCCAGUCUUACAUAUUUCUGGGUCUCCUCAAGGGAUAUACAUGAAAAUGUCACAGAA